UCAGAGGGCCCUCCAGUUGGUGCUGCUGUUGGUCUGCGAAGGGGAGAGAGAAUUUGUGAUGUAGGAUAAAGGGGGUGAUCUGGGAAACUUCAGACACAGCACAAAGGCAUUGCCACGUAAUUACAGGCUGAUCUGCCCUCCCCAGGGUGUCCAAUUUUCAUUUAUUUCCCUAAAGUCUCCCCCUCCAUGCCAGUCUGUGGUGUUUGAUGUGCCAAAGACUUUCUUGAUCCAACAAAAGAAGGAACAUUUGCAAGGAGGAAAAAAUAUCUGGACUCUUUAAAUCCUUUUUUUUUUCCAGGAGAAGAGAAAACUGGGGAUAUUUUUUUUUUCCUUACAUCUGCAAGACAUCAUUCUUUGUGAAAUUCAAGUCAGUCUUGAAAUUGGAGAGAGCAGAGAGAGGGAGAGGGGAAGGAAGAGACUGGGAACUCACUCUGGACUCAAGAUGCAUCAAGCAUGAGAAAGAUCUGCUUUGGACUUCAAUGGCUGUUGGAUUAAAGGAGAAGAGAUGUACUAAGUCACAGUUCUUCAUCUGAUACAUUUUGCCUACAUAUUACACUGAGGAAAACAGACACAAUUCUGGAGGUUAUCACAAGGCAAUUUCGGAUUAUUUAUUGAGGUUUGAGGACUUCGGGUGGUGAACUCCAAGUUUAGUGGGACACCAGGAGGUGGGUCAGUUCUACAGUCCCAUCCUGAUCGUUGUAUUUAUUUUUUUCCCACCAUCAUCACCCCAAACUUGAGUUAAGGAAAUCAUGACUUCCAGCUAUAACCACCAUGUUAUGGACAGACAGUCCACCUUGGCCAGUCGCUUAGACAGCCCUAUCACCUCAAACCUGGACAAUUUACAGGCUAAAAAGAACUUCUCAGUAAGUCACCUGUUGGAUCUGGAGGAAGCUGGGGACAUGGUGGGAUCUCAAACUGAGGACACCUCUGCUGAAACCGGUAGGAGCUUAUUGGAGUCUCCAGGGCUGACCAGUGGAAGUGACACUCCACAGCAGGAAAAUGAACAGUUGAAUGCAGAACAGAAGAAAAAGAGAAAGCAAAGGAGGAACCGAACUACAUUUAACAGCAGUCAGCUACAGGCUCUGGAGAGAGUCUUUGAGAGAACGCAUUAUCCCGAUGCCUUUGUACGAGAAGAUCUAGCACGUAGAGUAAAUCUAACUGAAGCCCGAGUCCAGGUUUGGUUCCAGAACAGAAGAGCAAAGUUCAGAAGGAAUGAAAGGGCCAUGUUAGCAAAUAAAAAUGCUUCACUCCUUAAAUCUUACGCAGGAGAUGUCACCGCAGUUGAACAGCCAAUCGUCCCCCGUCCGGCACCAAGGCCCAAUGAGUACCUAUCUUGGGGAACAGCAUCACCAUAUAGUGCCAUGGCUACUUACUCUUCUACUUGUGCCAAUUCCAAUCCUUCCCAGGGCAUGAACAUGGCCAACAGCAUCGCCAAUCUGAGGCUGAAAGCCAAAGAAUACAGUUUACAGAGGAACCAAGUCCCCACAGUGAAUUAGAAAAAGAGGCUGACAAUGGAAAAAUGCAAAAAUAUAACGUCUGAUUCCUGCCGUAUAACAAACAUAAAAUGACUUUAUAAUGGGAUAAAGUGGAUAUAAGCAGGGUACAAACUGUUUUCACAUUUAUUUUUCUGUUGGGAAAAUUCCACCGGAUUGUACCAUGUUUUACUUUACUUUAAUGCUUUGCUUAUGAUAGUAAAAAAUGAUUUUCUGUCACAUA